GGAUUUUACUCCUUUCGUCCCAGAUUUUUUUCUUUUUUAGAUCGAAAAAAUAUAAUCUGAUGGAGAAAUUAAUGGCGCAGAGAAAGAGUACUGUAGUUACACCAUCGCCUCUAAUUGUCGACGAGAAAGCACCAAUCCCAGCAAAGGAUGAUACACCUCUCAUAAAGUCGAAUCCCGCUUAUGAGUCCUGCAUGUUGGUCGACGAACAACUUCGUGCCUAUCCUUUGGCUAUUGGUUCUCUGAGUCUUCAAGCCCAUAAUCAGCUACUGGUUUCAUCUUCAACAAAGGACAUUGGACCCACUUAUCAUGCCAUCUUCGACAUGUGGUUCAUUGCUUACAUUUUCCACAAGAGGACCCGUGUGUGCGGCCGUGUCUUCCACGAUCUGAACAAUCAGGUCCACAGCCUUAGGGGCUAGAUUUGGUGAAAAAAGUGGAGCACCGAUGAGUUUCUUUAUCACGCUCAUCAUAUUUGUUUUGAACAAGUGUAACUCUAUUGGGAUCAAACUUGGUAAAAUUGGGGGACCACGAACUAAAUCCUGG